AUGAAGGAAGUGGUUCGAAAAGAGAUAAUUAAGUGGCUUGAUUAUGGAAUUGUUUACCCAAUGUCAGAUAGUACUUGGGUAAGCCCGAUUCAGUGUGUUCCUAAGAAAGGUGGAGUCACGGUGGCAGCUAAUGAAAAUAAUGAGUUGGCUCAUAAAAUUCUCAUUUUCCAAGACCUUAUUAAAGGCUACACUAGGAAAAAUGCUUCCCCUCGAUGUAUGAUGAAGAUUGAUCUUAGCAAGGCUUAUGAAACAAUUGAUUGGCUUUUGGUGAAGGAUCUUCUAAAAGCUUACUGCUUUCCUAGUAGAUUUAUACAUUGGAUUAUGGUGUGUUUGAAGGGCACUUCCUACUCUCUUUUGAUUUCUGGCAGGGUGCAAGGGAAGUUUAUUGGGAGGAAAGGUCUAAGACAAAGGGAUCCUAUCUCCCCCUUACUGUUUGUGCAAGUCAUGGAAUAUCUCACAAUACUCCUUAUUCAAGCCUCUCACAACAAGGAUUUCAGGUUUCAUCCCCUUUGCAAACGGCUGAAACUAGUUAAUCUUUAUUUUGCGGAUGACCAUGUGAUUUUUUGCAAAGGGUCUCUUCGAUCUGUCCAAAUCCUCCAAGAAGGAUUUACAAAAUUUAGUCAAGCUUUUGGUCUAUUAGCUAAUAUGACUAAAUCUCACAUAUAUUUUGGAGGCUUGAAAUUUGAGGAUAAGAAGAGCAUUUUGGAUUGUCUAAACAUUGAGGAGGGUUCUUUUCCUUUAAAGUAUCGUGGUGUCCCUCUCCGUCCUACUAAAUGGAAGGCUGGUGACUGUAGGCUAAUUAUUAAAAAGAUAAUUCUUCGCCUUCACACUUGGUCUAGUCAUCCCCUUUCUUUUGCUGGAAGAGCUCAACUCAUUCAUUUUGUUCUAUUAGGCAUCCGGUCUUAUUGGAUGAACAUUUUUCUUCUCCCUCAAAGUGUUUGCUUACCAAAAAGCUUUGGUGGUAUUGGGUUCAAGGAACGUUCUAAAUGGAAUAAAGUCUUGCUAGAUAAAUAUGUUUGGGCGAAUUCUUCCAAGCAAGACUUGCUUUGGGUUAAGUGGAUGGAUGAUCUCCGCCUCAAAGGACAUAAUUUUUGGGAGUACAAUUUAAAGAUUGAUGUGAGCUGGUAUUGGAGGAAGUUGGUUAAACUGAGAUCUUAUAUGUCUUUAGCUGAUUUGGAGGCUUUGGUUACUAAAAGGAAACUCAAUCUGGGUUUUGUUUAUAACCAUUUGUUGCAGUGGGAAAAGGUCAGAGAUUGGCUUGGAGCUACCAUUUGGCCUACCAAGUUCUCUGAUUGGCUCACUUGGAUGGACGGGAGACACGAAGGGCUGUUGCAAAGAAUUGCUGCAAUUGCUCUUGCUGCUUCACCUAGAAUGAUUAGCCUUGCUAGGAAGAAUCAUUUGAAUAAAGAGAAGGCUUUGUUUGAUUUUAUUCGCAAUUUGUAA